AUGUGUACUUUAAAACUGGAUUACAAACUUCAGAGAAAGGUAGAGAUUAGCAGGUACAUAGACGUUGGCGUAGACGUGGAUAUAGAGGUUGACGUGGACGUAGACGUGGAUAUAAACGUGGACGUAGAUAUAGACGUGGACGUGGAUAUAGAGGUGGACGUGGAUAUAGAGGUGGACGUGAAUAUAGAGGUUGACGUGGAUGUACACGUGGAUAUAGACGUGGACGUGGAUAUAGAGGUGGACGUGGAUAUAGACGUGGACAUGGACGUAGACGUGGAUAUAGACGUAGACGUUGGCGUAGACGUGGAUAUAGAGGUGGACGUUGGCGUAGACGUGGAUAUAGACGUAGACGUGGAUAUAGACGUGGACGUUGGCGUAGACGUGGAUAUAGAGGUGGACGUGGACGUAGACGUGGAUAUAGACGUAGACGUGGAAAUAGACGUGGACGUGGAUAUAGAGGUGGACGUGGAUAUAGACGUGGACAUGGACGUAGACGUGGAUAUAGACGUAGACGUGGAUAUAGACGAGGACGUGGAUAUAGACGUUGACAUGGAAGUGGAUAUAGAGGUGGAUGUGGACAUGGACGUGGACGUGGAUAUAGACGUGGACGUGGAUAUAGACGUGGACGUGGAUAUAGAGGUGAACGUGGAUAUACAGGUGGACGUGGACGUAGACGUGGAUAUAGACGUAGACGUGGAUAUAUACGUGGACGUGGAUAUAGAGGUGAACGUGGAUGUAGACGUGGAUAUAGACGUAGACGUGGAUAUAGACGUGGACGUGGAUAUAGAGGUGGACGUGGAUAUACAGGUGGACGUGGACGUAAACGUGGAUAUAGACGUAGACGUGGAUAUAGACGUGGACGUGGAUAUAGACGUGGACGUGGAUAUGGACGUGGACGUGGAUUAUAGACGUGGACGUGGAUAUAGACGUUGA